CCAUGCAGCAGGAGCUGUUUAUAUUCCACUACAAAACACAACGCAAUCACAUGAAACGCAUCCGGGAGCGUUUCAUGGCGAAUCUAGCUCGGCGGCUGAGCAUGAAUCACAAAAUGUACCGAAUGAAAGAAAUCCAAAUGCUGACCUACGCUGGCAGAUUCAUGGAGAACGUUAGACCUAGCCACAAUCAAACUACCCGGCACCCAAGGGCACGUGGUCAAGGGGCACAGCACGCCUCCCGCUGGCUGACUGCGAUCGAGAGCGGUUCGCGCCCGUUCAACAUGGAACUGUUCCGGAUGGAUUUUGGCACCUUCCAACAUCUAUGUGGUCGCCUUAAGAACGAAUUGAAAACGCCCGCCUCGUUGACGGUCAAAAUGAAGGUAGCCAUAGCCACCUACAUGCUCGGGAACGCUGUGAACUAUCGGGCGGCGGGUGUAAAGUUUGGUGUCAGCAGCAGCACGGCGCAAAACUGCUUGAAAUCCUUUUGCACGGCCAUGGUCAAAGUUUGUCUCACCGACGUCAUAAGCUUCCCGAAGACCGAUGACGAAGUUGCCGACAUAGUCGCAGGAUUCGAAACGCUGGCCUGUGUCCCGCAGGUGCUGGGUGUGGUCGAUUCUCUGCACAUUCCCAUAGAUCUGCCGUUCACGGAUCCAUCGUCGUAUGUCAACAGCAAAUCCUGGAACUCGAUCGUACUGCAGGCGGUGGUAGACAGCAAAGGACGGUUCAUUGACUUCAACUGCAAACAUCCCGGGCAAACCAACGACGAAACGGUGCUGCUAGAUUCCUGUCUUUAUAAAGUGAUGGAACAACGAGAAUGGGCGCCGAAAGAAAUCAAUGGGAAAAAUGUGCAUCCAUUUCUGCUGGCGGAUAGUGCGUAUCCUUUGCUUCCGUGGCUGAUAACCCCCUACACUGAAGCGCCCCUGUUGCCCGACGAAGUUUCGUUCAAUGUGUACGCAGCAAAGGCCCGCGGCGCGGCCAGUAACGCUUUCGAUCGGUUGUGCGGGCGCUGGAAAAUUCUGCAACAAACCACACACAUCGACGUCAGCUUCGUGCCGGUAGUUGUGGCCACAUGCUGUAUUCUGCACAACAUCAUCGAGCGCCGGAAUGUCCCCUACAACGAGGCGUGGAGCGAGUCGACUGACGCGACGUUCGUCAAACCCGUUCAGCCCGAGUCGGUGAGCGAAGUGGCCCAUCCUGGUGGUACCCAGUUGCGGAAUGACUUGAGCGGACAUAUGCUCAACAACUUCCCGCUCAUUGCGCUCGAUGAUGAAUAG